AUGAUAUUCUCCUCAUCAUUCUGUAUCUCCAUGUCUGUAUCACUCUGUCACAAUGAUAUUCUCCUCAUCGUUCUCCUCAUCUCUGUUACAAUGAUAUUCUCCUCAUCGUUCUGUAUCUCCAUGUCUGUAUCUAUCUCUGUAUCUCAUGUCUGUAUAUUUCUGUCAAUGAUAUUCUCUCAUCGUUCUGUAUCUCCAUGUCUGUAUCCCUCUGUCACAAUGAUAUUCUCCUCAUCGUUCUGUAUCUCCAUGUCUGUAUCCUCUCUGAUAUUCUCCCUCAUCGUUCUGUAUCUCCAUGUCUGUAUCACUCUGUCAAUGAUAUUCUCCUCAUCGUUCUGUAUCUCCAUGUCUGUAUCACUCUGUCACAAUGAUAUUCUCCUCAUCCUUCUGUAUCUCCAUGUCUGUAUCCUCUGUCACUGUCAUCCUUUUAUCUCCCAUGUAUCACUCUUCUCUCUCUCAUCCUUCUGUAUCUCCAUGUCUGUAUCACUCUGUCCAAUGAUAUUCUCUCAUCGUUCUGUAUCUCCAUCUGUAUCACUCUGUCACAAUGAUAUUCUCCUCAUCCUUCUGUAUCUCCAUGUCUGUAUCACUCUGUCACAAUGA